CUCUGACUGAGGAAUGAGGCUAAUUUUCCUUAUUAAAAACAAUCCUCCUUUGUUUUUGUGAUUCGCAUGUGAUUUGUACUUUGAAAGUAUUUGUAUCCUAUACUUUGUAUUUGUGAGAGUUACAUAAUUUGGCAUGACAUCCCACCCUUAAUGCAUCAGCUCUUCAUUUUCAAAAUAAUGCUUAGGUUGGUAAUAAGUUGUCUAUUAACAUGCUUGAAAAGGCUCAACAGAGUUCCUGUGAAUAUUUCUAAGUUAAGUUAUAUGAUUCAUAUCACUUGUUACUUGCAAGUUUUCUUACAGGGUUUUGACAUUGUUCCUGUAUGUAUUAUUAUAAGCUGAAAAAAAGCGAAAAAAAAUUGUUUCAUAUACAUUCACAUACAAUGGUAGAUGCCUAACAUAGGAAAUUGGCAAAUUAGUUUAAAUUUUUUUUAUGAAAACUAAGUCUAAGAAGCCCCUAUUUUUUUUUUCAUAAAAAAUAUAAGAAGAAAUAAACCAUCACAGUGAAAAUUAGUUUAAUGUCAUUGUCAGGUUUUAAAUAAAUAGACCCUCCAUAUAUCAUUGUUAAACUUCCCCAAAAUUCCCUCCUCUACACUUCUGUGAUUCUUUCCUUUUCUGCUAUCUCAUUGACUUGAGCAGUUGAGCUUUACAAAACUGGAAAAAACUUUACCUAUGCCCAUUAAUCAUCCUAGUCAUUUUUCUAUCUUCUCCAUUAUGCUCAUCAAAAUAUUUGUAUGCUGCAACGUAACUUCUGUAGAACCAUAGCUAGAAGAAGUUGAGCAUGAGCCAACUAUUGUGCUUUCUUUCAACUUUUCUCAGUUACCAAGCGCCUUAAGGUGGUUGAUUAUUUGCAGGGCAUUUUAAGUUAAAAGCAAAAUGACAUAUGUUUGUGAAACUUGUAAGGCUUUAGAGGAGGACAAAUAUUGGAAUGAGAUUCCACCUAGGAAGCACCGGUUUUUCAAGUUGAUGAUUGGUAAUUUUGAGCAACAGCUGCGAAUUCCUAGGAAAUUUGUUGAAUGCUCCAGGGCAGACCUUUCAAGCUCUUGCACUCUAAGAGGUCAAAGUGGGAAUAUAUGGAAAGUUCAAAUACAAAAAACUGAGAAAGAUGUCCUGUUUGUAGAUGGUUGGGGUAACUUUGUGACUGAUCAUGGUAUUAAGUAUGGUUGUUUCUUGGUCUUUUGCUAUGUUGGAGACUCCUCUUUUGAGGUAUCGGUUUUUGAUGCUACUGGAUGCGAGGUAGAAGGUUCACACUUUACAAGGAAUACAAACAUGUCCUUGAACACUUCCUGUAGAAGUCUCUUACACGUGGAGAACGAUGAAUCUAAAGGUGACAGAACAUUAGAAGCUGAUAUUGAUGGCUCUGUAGAAGCAUUUGCAGUGGAUAAGGAACAUGAUUCAGAUUCUUCAUCUCAAGAAAACAAUUUCAGAGGCAGUAAGAGUGCAAAAUGUAAAGCUGCAGAUAACGGGACUGGGAUAGUACAUGAAGAAGAAGAUCUGGAAUCAUUAUCUGAUUCAUCUCAUCAUGUGAAGCGCUUUCAUAAUCUUAGUCUGAAUGUGAGAAAUAGAGCAUGCCAAGUAAGACAACCUCAAAAGUAUUACAAAUCAAAGAGGCGGAAGGUUACAGAGCAAGAGAAGCAAGGUGCACUUAGCAAGGCCAUUAGUCAUAUGAGUAGGAGACGUCAUAUGAUUGAAAUUGUGAUGAAGCGUACACAUGUUUAUCGUGGCUUUCAUCUGACCAUCCCUAAAGAAUGGGCUGUAAAACACUUGCUUCAGAAGUCUGAUCAUGAUGUCAUACUCCGGGUUCCAGGAGUAGAGGAGAGCUGGACGGUGGGAUGCAGAUGGACACCUUCGCAAUGCCAGUUCAGACCAGGGUGGUCGACUUUUGUUUUAGAGAACAAUCUCGAGGAGCAUGACGUUUGUGUAUUUGAGCUGCUUCAGAAAGGAGAUUUGGGUAAUGAGAAUAAUUCUGUCUUUGAUGUUCACAUUUUCCGGGUUGUUAAAGAAGUAGUUCCCUUGACUGUGUUGAGGGGGAUUAAAUCUAGCGUCUAAUGUAAUCGUAAGUUCUGACGAUCUAACACAAGUUUAUUUUCUAAGAUAACUACUGCAAUCUAGAGCAUAUAUCAUGUAUUAUCGCGAAACUUUGAUGGGCUCAUUCCAGAAUUAAAUGGUACUGUAUGUUUGCCUUAAUAUGAUCAUAAGGGAAGUACAGUUUUUA